UAACUAACUAAAGCACGCAGAAAACAUUCAUUCACACACACGGACACACACACAAUGCACGCAUUUAAACAUCCAUGUGAUUUGGUUACUGUAAGAGUAUUGUACUGUCCAAACCUCCCCCACUGAGACUAAAAAUAUUCUCCAAAUCAAAUUGUUGUUGGUUUCAUAACCGCUCUCUCAACGCUUUCUUGUUCAACUCUGUCCCAAGCAAGCACGAAAAUGGAAAACGAAGGUAACAACGAUGGCAGUGAAAAUCCAGUUGCAAUCACCGGAAGUGGAAUCGAUACCGACGGCGGUGAAAGUUUGCAGAUCGGAAGUGAAAUCGAUACCAACGGCGGUGAAAGUGAAGAAAAACAGAUCGGAAGUGAAAUCGAUACCAACUACGGCGGUGAAAGUCAGCAGAUCGGAAGUGAAAUCGAUACCAACGCCGGUGAAAGUAAGGAAGAACAGAUCGGAAGUGAAAUCGACGGCGGUGAACGUGAGGAAGUACAGACCGUAAGUGAAACCGAUGCCGACUUCCGCAAGAUGUUUGGAAUUUCUAUUCCUCGUCAAAACAUCGUCGUCGAGAAUGAAGAAGCAAAGGCUGAUAUCAUUCGUCGUCGUCGUAAGGACUGCGACAAAGGAUUCUUCUCAAACUAUGACGAUGUCACUGUGCAUCGGAAUAUGAUACAGGACACUCAUCGGAUGGAGGCCUAUAACUCGGCAGUGCUUUUUUAUAAGGAUCGCAUAGAAGGGAAAGUAAGUUUCAAAAUAUGCUUGUUGCUAAAAACUUUUAAUAUUUAUUUUUGUCUCAUUUUUUCUCUUUUUGUUCAGGUUAUUGUUGAUGUUGGCUGCGGCACUGGUAUUUUAUCCAUUUUCUGUGCAAAGGCUGGAGCUAGGAAGGUUUACGCCAUUGAGGCGUCUCAGAUGGCUUUACAUGCUAAGAGCAUUAUAGAGGCCAACGGAUUAUCGCAUAUCAUAAAUGUGCUGCAUACUACCGUUGAGGAUGCAACAAUAGCUGAGGAAGUUGAUGUCAUCAUAUCUGAGUGGAUGGGCCACAUGCUCUUCCAAGAGAACAUGCUCCCGUCGGUCAUUUCAGCCAGAGAUCGUUGGCUUGCAGUUGGAGGAUUAGUGCUUCCUACCUCUGCAACGUUGUAUAUGGCUCCUUUUUCUGAUUCCCAGAGAUAUCACCAGAAGAUUGGCUUCUGGUCUGAUGUUGAUGGCAUAGAUAUGUCUGUUUUAAUUCCACCGACCACGUCUGUUGUUUGUCGAUUUCCAUCAGUAGAGACAGUUGAGCAUGACUGUCUUUUGGCAGAGCCUCAUCAGGUGAUAAUGGUCGACAUGUAUUCCAUUACCAGUUCUGAUGUUGAUCUUAUCACCACAUCAUUUAGGUUCCAUUCACGGAGGAGCGCACUACUACACGGUUUCGUGCUAUGGUUCGUAGCUGAUUUUUCUGAUGAGGCCGUUCAUCAUGAUGAACGGGAUUCUAUAGAGGUUGAGUCUGCUCCAGCACUAUCUACCGCUCCUGAUGCACCCUCGACACACUGGGAGCAGACUUUGUUAAACUGUCCUGAUCCACUCCAUGUAGAAGAAGAUCAGGUGAUCGAAGGAAUUUUAACUAUAAAAAUUGACGAAUCCGAUCACCGACUUCUCAGAAUUUGUCUGAAUUAUGGGUUGGAUGGUGAAUUGAUUGAGCUUGAGACACAAUUCUGAUUCAACAUGUUUGUGAUUUGUAAAGGAGAACAGGUUGGUAAUGGUUUGACAACAUGAUGUAGGAAAGAUUUGACAGUCACAGCUUACAGGAAGCUCACUUUAUGAUGGCUUUGACCCAACAAACAUACAUUAACUUGUCAAUAUCUAGAAGUUGAAUAUCUGAUGGUUUACAACUUAUAGCUCAUUUUAACUUUCUGAUGGCUUUGUGUUUAAGGAUUUUGACGAUUUUAAAUACUAGUGGUAUGUAGUUGAUGAAAAGAGAUCUUUGUUCUCCA